AAGGAGGACGGUCGCCAAACAAGUCGUGAACUGGCCGAAAAAAUGAACUGCGAUCAUAAAACGAUUCUCAAUCAUCUUCAUUCAAUGGGAUUUGCCGAAAAAUUGGGAGCCUGGGUGCCUCACGAGCUUACCGAAAACAACAAAGAAAAUCGCCUUCAAAUUGCUUCUUAACAUCUCGCCCGCCAUCGAGCAACACGCGGUCAUAAACAGCGCUUUUUGUACCGAAUCGCCUAUGACACCUUCUCCGUAUACGUUGCAAAUGUUCCGGGCUGCUUCAGCAGCUUUUUAGCCUCGAUGAAAAGCGAAGAAGAGCAGGUGUCGAAAAUGUUGAUUUUUACCUCCUGGAUAUUCCAUUUCUAAGCCUCAAAAGUAAUAAAAAAUUUAAUUACUCAAAAAGACGAUUAGCACAGUUUUGUAGAGCAGAAAGAGCUCUAUCGAAUGAAUAUUAUACACUUUGUCAAACAGCAAAAAAAUCGUUGUAAGACAAAAGAAUAUAAAAACGCUACGAACUUAUUCCCCAACCUAAUACAUGUACAAUUAUUAAUGUUUCUAAUACUUUUCACAUUCUUUAAUGUAAAUUACAAAUAAGUAUGUGAAACAGACAUAUAAAACGUGCAUGAUACAAUUCUUAUAAUUAUUCACAUAGGUUGACCCAAUGAAAUCUAUACACUAGAAACACGACUAACCAAAUUAAUCGAGACCAAGUACAGUCCAUGAUUGUUUAAUCACAAAUUCUGAUAAUGCAUGACAUACUAUAUGUAAUGAAAUAAAAGGACUUUUACAUGAAUACAACAGAAAACUUUAUUGAAAACAUAAAUUGUCACACAGAGCAGCUUGUUCAAUUAAUUUAAUAACUUAUUAAGUUCUUAACAGAAUAUUCUGAUAACCAAAACCCAGAUAAUCGAGUUUCUACUACUUUCGUCGUCUCUAAUUUACCAAUACCACGUUCAACAUAUGCUAUUGAUAAAUUUAAGUCAACAUAAUUAGUAAUAAAUUAAAAGACUUUUAUAUUCAAAUUGUCGGGCAAAAGUAUAUGUAAUGUGUGAGUUUACACUCUUUUAAUUUUCUUUUCGUCCGAAAAAGAACGGUAAACAGUCUUUGUCCUAAAUACAUUAGUUUUUACCCUCCAAGUAGCGUAAAUAAUUGGAAUUGCUUCCUUUCUUAAUCAUUUAAAUUAUCAAUGUAGCAAGAAGCCUCCACUUAUGCAACCAAGCUAUUAUAUUGACGAUAAUACUAUUGACAAAUUUGUGGAUGAAUUACGGAACCCACCAGCAGAAAGGAAAUGUCAAGAAAAUCCAGAUAUGAAUUUACCUGCAAAAGGAGCGAAACUUCAAGAAGACCCUGACGAGAUACAGGACGUGAGAAUUGAACAAAGUAAAAAGAAAGCAGUUGGGAAACAGAAGGAAAUUCCUUUUGAUGAUCCUGAACCGAGGACUUCUAGUGGCAAGACAGUUAUCGUGACAGAAAGCGGAAAAACUAAGUGGCUAUUACAGCAUUAUACUCCCGCAUUUGUGUGUCAAAAGUGCAAAGAAAACCGGCAAUGUACAAAGUUCGCGAAUAAGACAUACAUAUAGUCCUCAAUCGUUCGAUGAAACAUCACUGUUCGAGAUUGAACGCCUAUUUUCGUUUUCCUUCUGGAGGUCUCGCGCGAGAAGACUUUCGGAAGGUUAUUAGUAUCAUCAAUCGAGAACGAUCGUUUUCUUCCCGAGUCGAUUCGUCCUAUUGUCUUGUGAGACGAUAGGACGAAAAACAAUUCUUCGACUCUCGGCGCGACCUGGCGAUCGGCUGAACCGCUUGUCGCUAAAGAAAGCGGCAAACACCACAACAGCUGAUCGCCCGGUCGAACGGUCGCCGACCCGAUAGCUCCAGCGUUCAUUGGCCAACCCCCCUCAGGGAGAACCGAUGAUUCCGGAAAAUUUCGAGGAAUCACGGAGCACGUAUAGGGUGUGUCCUAAUACCCGUAUGUCCCGUAGAUGGCAGAUAGACCAAACUAAAUAGAAAAGUC